AUGGAGUGGCUUCCACUCCUGCUCCUUCUGAUGCAGUGCUCGUGGGCCCCUGGGCAGCGCUCACCUUUAAAUGACUUCCAAGUUCUCUGGGGUACGGAGCUGCAACACCAGCUACAUGCAGUGGGGCCCGGGCCUUGGCAAGAGGAUGUGGCAGAUGCGGAGGAGUGUGCAGGACAUUGUGGACCCCUCCUGGACUGCAGGGCCUUCCACUACAAUGUGAGCAGCCAUGGUUGCCAGCUGCUGCCAUGGACCCAGUACUCACCCCACACAUGGCUGCAGCGUUCAGGGCGCUGCCAUCUCUUCCAAAAGAAAGACUACGUGCGGACCUGCAUCAUGGACAAUGGGGUCAAGUACCGGGGCACCAAGGCCCUCACCAUGGAUGGCUUAACCUGCCAGCGCUGGAGCCACAGGCUGCCCAAUGACCACAAGUACACACCCACACACCAGAAUGGGUUGGAGGAGAACUUCUGCCGCAACCCCGACGGGGACUCCAGAGGUCCGUGGUGCUACACGACAGAUCCUAAUGUGCGCUUUCAGAGCUGUGGCAUCAAGUCCUGCCGGGAAGCCUCUUGCAUUUGGUGCAAUGGCGAGGAUUACCGCGGGUCAGUGGACCGCACCGAGUCUGGACGUGAGUGUCAGCGCUGGGACCUGCAGCACCCGCACCCGCACCGCUUUGAACCGGGCAAGUUCCUUGACAAACACCUGGACGACAACUACUGCCGGAAUCCUGACGGCUCGGAGCGGCCCUGGUGCUAUACCACCGACCGGCAGGUGGAGCGAGAGUUCUGCGACAUCCCCAGCUGUGGGCCCGAGGCACAGCCGCGCCAAGAAGCCAAGACGCUCAAUUGCUUCCGCGGGAAGGGCGAGGGCUACCGGGGCAUGGCCAACACCACCGCCGCGGGCGUGCCCUGCCAGCGUUGGGACACGCAGAGCCCGCAUCAGCAUCGCUUUGUGCCCGAGAAAUACCCGUGCAAGGACCUUCGAGAGAACUUCUGCCGAAACCCCGACGGCUCGGAGGCACCCUGGUGCUUCACAUCACGGCCUGGCAUGCGGAUGGCCUUUUGCUACCAGAUCCGGCGUUGCACCGACGACGUGCGACCGGAGGGCUGCUACUACGGCACCGGGGAGCACUACCGCGGCUCCGUCAGCAAGACCCGCAAGGGCAUCCCAUGCCAGCUCUGGUCUGCAGAGACGCCCCAUAAAUCACAAUUCACGCCUACCUCUGCCCCCCAUGCGCAUCUGGAGAACAACUUCUGCCGGAACCCAGAUGGGGAUAUUCACGGGCCCUGGUGCUACACGAUGGACCCAGGAACUCCAUUCGACUACUGUGCCCUGCGGCGCUGUGAUGAUGACCAGCCACCAUCCAUCCUGGAGCCCCCAGACCAGGUGCUGUUUGAGAAGUGUGGCAAGAGGGUGACUCGUGAGGACCAGCAUACCUCUAAGCUGCGUGUGGUGGGGGGCCAGCCUGGGAACUCACCCUGGACAGUCAGCUUGCGCAACAGGCAGGGCCAGCACUUCUGUGGGGGGUCCCUAGUGAACGAGCAAUGGGUACUGACUGCCCGGCAGUGCUUCUUCUCCUGCCACGAGCCUCUCAUGGGCUACGAAGUAUGGUUGGGCACCAUGUUCCAGAACCCGCAGCCUACGGAGCCAGGCCUGCAGCAGGUCCCAGUGGCCAAAAUGAUGUGUGGGCCCUCAGACUCCCAGCUUAUUCUGCUCAAGCUGGAAAGACCAGUAACCCUGAACCAGCGUGUGGCGGUGAUCUGCUUGCCCCCUGAGCAGUAUGUGGUGCCUCCAGAGACCAAGUGUGAGAUUGCAGGCUGGGGUGAGACCCAAGGCACAGGGAACAACACGGUCCUCAAUGUGGCUUCGCUGAGUGUCAUCUCCCACAAGGAAUGCAACAUUAAGUACCAAGGACGUGUACUCGAGAGUGAGAUGUGCACUAAGGGACUGUUGGUCCCUGUGGGUGCCUGUGAGGGUGACUACGGGGGCCCACUUGCCUGCUUUACCCAUGACUGCUGGGUCCUGGAGGGAAUUAUAAUUCCCAACCGAGUGUGUGCACGGCCCCGCUGGCCAGCCAUCUUCAUGCGUAUCUCUGUGUUUGUGAACUGGAUUAACAAGGUCAUACAGUUGGGCUAGGCCCGGCCUCAAUCCCAUGUACCUUGGGAAGAAUGAAGCUUCCAGUCAGACAUAAAGUCAUCU